AUGGCGGACAUUUCUAAUUUUGUGAGCUCUACAAAAUUCCAUCAAAAUAUCCCGAAAAUAUGGAACGCUAAAGAAAUUUGUAAUCAUAUAGCUUCUUCCAACUUAAGUUAUGAUAGUAAACGAAUUAAAUGGAUUGGAACUUUUGAUAUAUGGCAGAAAUUUGUCGAAUGCGAUCUUAAAUUGGAUGGCAAAUGGUCUUCGCCAGGCGGUUGUUCGAAAAAGUUCACGUGCUAUAAUCUAGAUAUAUCAAUAACUUGGUAUCCCAAGAAACUAAAUACACUUGUAUUUCACGGUGAGGAAAGCUCGGGUUUGGUUGACGCGUUAAUAAAUGUGUGUGCAGAGGCAAUCUCUAAAGACGACGGUUUAUCAAACAAUGUAUGUGUGUCGGCCAAACAUAGUUCGAUUGCAACUAUAAACUCAGCUGUUGAUGAACCUGAACAGAUGUCUAAUCACUGUAUUAAGGACUUUGAACUAACUGAUAAUCAUCAAAAGGUCAGCAUAGAGCAUGAUUUCAAACUUGGCUGUCAGUGUAGAAUUUUAGCUGCUGAUUUGGAGGGAGUUAAGCUCGAUACAGCAAUCAUGUGCAGAGAUAUAGAAACUAAGUUUCUUGCAGCUUACAAUUCACGGGAUAGUGAUAGUGAACAAAUAAGUGAACUUAAACACGAGCUUCUUAAGGAAAAGGAGAAAUGUAGUCAGUUGGAGGCUGAUAUAUCUAUUUUGGUUCGAGGAAGGAAUAGGGAGAUAAACGAAUUAAAAAAUACCAUUACCUGUCUCGAAAACAAACUUAAAUCAAGCGACGCGAUAAAUGAAUCCCUAAGACAAUCGCUAAUGCAAAUUAAUUCAGAAAAAUUCAAUGGUGUAUUGAGUGCCGAACAAAGACUGUCAAACCAACCUGAACAAAUUAAUACGAUUGGACGAUGCUUCGAAAGAACAGUUUAUCAUUACCAUAGUAAAAGAUCUUUCGAGGCUGAGUUAUCAUCUUCCCAGUUUGCUUAUCGAAUCGGUGGGUGUAGCACAGACGCCUUAAUGAAAUUACAGUAUAUGUACCUGAAAGAACUAGAAGAACCAAGUUGUGAUGCAGUGAGAUUAAUUGCAAUGGACUUUUCCAAAGCAUUUGACAAUGUAAAACACGUAAAACUGAGUGAAAAAUUGAAAUCGAGUUCUAUGAACCCUUAUUUAGUAAAUUGGUACUUAAAUUUAUUAAAAGAUCGAAGACAGAGAAUAGUUUUCCAAGGAACGACAUGCAAGUGGAAAGAUAUUAACAAGGGAGUUAUGCAAGGAACUGUAACCGGACCACAUUUCUUUAAUUUAUUUAUUAAUGAUUUGGAGAUUAAAAACUGUUCCAACAACCCCCUUGUUAAAUUCGCGGAUGAUUCCUCACUUUUGGUACCGAUUUUGAAGAAUACCCAAGAUUGUAGUUCGAAAGCCAUAGAUGAAUUUAAGGACUGGUCCGAAUCAAACUCUUUACUUUUAAAUGAGGGCAAAUGUAAAGAAAUGAUUAUAUUAAAGAAAGGACGAUCAGAGGAUUGUGUAUCACCACUUUAUGGUUUUGAACGGCAUUCUAGUCUUGAAAUACUGGGGCUAACCUUUGAAAUGACAAGCAGAUUUGAGAAAUGUGUUGAAGCCAUGACUUUAGAACACCGUAUUUGUAAUGAAAUCACUCUUUAUUUUCACGUUUAUUACAAAUGUAGUUUUGUACA